AGCAUUAUCGAAAAUUUUAUCAAUUUACUGCUCUAAAAAGCUUUAUCGGUUACUAUGACCGUCACCUACUCAUUAGAUGUUGCCAAUUCAUCUUUCUUCUGCCUCUAUCGGCUACUUUUUAGGUGGAAGGGAUCGAUAUGGAAAUCAAUCUGGGCUGAAUUAUUAGUGUGGCUAAUUCUUUAUGGAUUUCUAAGCGUUUUGUAUCGAGUUUUUCUCUCACAUGAUCAACGCGAGGUUUUCGAAGAUCUCUGUGUAUUUUUCGAUACAUACUCGUCAUUUAUACCAAUUACAUUUAUGCUUGGUUUCUAUGUCUCCGCUGUUUUUACUCGUUGGUGGCAAAUAUUCGACAAUAUUGGUUGGAUCGACACACCCUGCCUCUGGAUAACUCAGUAUAUGCUUGGCCACACUGAGCGAGCUCGAAUGCUUCGACGAACACUAAUCCGUUAUCUUGUUCUUACCCAAGCGAUGGUAUUUCGAGACACAGCCAAAGGUGUUAGGAAACGAUUUCCUACUAUGAACCAUUUGGUGACAGCCGGCUUGAUGACUGAAAAAGAACUAGAAAAAUUCAACUCUGUUAAAACAAAAUAUGCGAAAUACUGGGUACCGAUGCACUGGGCUUUUAGUUUGAUUCGCAUCGCUAAAGAAGAGGGUAAAAUCCCAGGCGAAGUUGUUUACGUUGAUUUAAUGGAGAAAAUUCGUCAAUAUCGUGUGCAGAUUCUCAGUCUCACGCUAUUUGAUUGGGUACCGGUACCUCUUGUAUAUACUCAGGUAGUUCAUCUCGCUGUUCGUAUGUAUUUUGCUGUUGCGCUGUUUGGAAGACAGUAUUUGAAUCCACACCCAGAUAGGAAUCUGAAUAUCGAUUCGGCAAAAACGAUCGAUCUUUAUGUGCCUAUUAUGUCCAUACUGCAAUUUAUCUUCUUUGUUGGUUGGAUGAAGGUAGCUGAAGUGUUGUUGAAUCCGCUUGGGGAAGAUGAUGAUGACUUUGAGUGCAAUUUUAUUUUAGACAGGAAUCUCGAGGUGGGCCUGAACUGCGUCGACACAGAAUUCGACACUUAUCCCGAAGUAUCUCGGGAUCAGUUCUGGGAAGACGAUUUACCAGAGCCGCUCUAUACAGCGGAAAGUGCGCUACGUCCGCUAAAUCCCCAAGUGGGAAGUUGCGUGGACAUGGCCACAGAAGAAGAUUCAUAUAUGCUAAGACCGCGACGUCGCACUAUUUCACGCAGUUCAUGUUGGGAUGGUGAAGUCGAUGCCGAUGAGAUCGUACACGUCAAUGGUCUUGAUAGUAAUAACAAGGAAAAUGCUGGCAUGUCAUCCAUGGAGCCGACGUUUUCCCAAUCGUUCCUAAGCCAAAGUAAAAAGAUUAGUGAAAUGCUAAAACGAAUGCAUGGAGGAGGAAGAAGAACGAGCUUGAAUUUCAAUGGAUCUCGGCCAGUUAAAAAAAUCAGUCGCGGCGACAUUAAUCAUCCUCAUAUUCCGGAUAAUAAAUCGAACUCUAGUAGCGUAUCAUCGUUGGAAGAAUAUGGCCAAAGUUUCCAUAAUAACGUCUCUCCACCUAAUUUGCAACCAUCGGGUAUUCUUGGCAACAGCAGGUCUGUACCGAACGGUCUGAAAAUAGAUCUUGAUAGUUCUGAUGGACCAAAAUCACCUGUUUCACCAGCAAAUAAUGUAUGCUGGUUUGUGGACGAGUUACCUGUGAUCGAGGAAGAAGACCAGGACAAGCGUCGUGUCUCUGAUGAGUUCAAGAGCAGUAGCGGAAGCUCAAAAACAACCAAUGAGCGUUUGGACCCUGCACUGCUCGAGCAUUCUUCGAUAGUUUCAAAGAAAGGAGAAAUAAAAUAUAAAACACUGGUGUCUACCGCACUUAACGAAGAAAAAGUGAAUGACGAUGACCCGUUUGCCAUCAACGCACCUAUUCCCAUGAGGGAAGAAGACUCGGAAACAGAAGGUGUCGGAGAAAAAACAGCUGUGAUGCAUGAUAUGCAGGCAUUUCCUAAUAUCUGGAGAGUCCGCUACCUUAGAAAAAAUGAUGACGAAGUAGAACAUGUGCUUGUGAGCUGGAACACCACCCGAGCUAGAGCAGAGGAAGACUGUAUGAGUCAAGAAAUGGAAUUGGGGUCGUUUAGCGAUGACGCGGAACUCAACUAUGUGAUACAGUCAUUUGAAAACUUAUGCUACUACUGUGGUACCAGUGCUUGGAUAAACGGAACGAAGUGCCAAGCCAUUUCUCUGCAUACUAUCAAUGGGAAAAGCAGCUGUGAUAAAGUGGAGAAGAAGAAAGGAAAAAAGGGUACUGCACAAAUCGGAUCAUUUAUUUGUACAAGAAAAAUUGAUGGAAAGAAUAGACAUAUCAGUGUAAGAGUACAAAAACAUGACGCUAUCGAAGGGGCUACAACAUAUCAUUUUCUGGCAAAACCUACAACACGAAAAUAUGCUUUUGAUUAUUGUGCAAAAAAGAACUAUAUGCUAGAGAAUAUUCAGGACACUGAAAUGAAAGCAAUCAUAAAAAAAUUUCGAGAGAAAUGUUCUGCGUGUAGCGGCUUGUAUUGGAUAGGAGGUCAUAAUAGGGGAUUGUAUGCUGCAAAUAGAGAGCGAAAAUCUCGCGAUCCAAACUCGGUCCGAGGGGGUAGAAAGCACUCCCAAAGAAGUUGUCGAGUGCUCUCAAUUGAACUAGGAAAAAUUACGAGUUUGCCGUGUGAUCAACAGCCUAGCCUUCACAGUGGAUCGGCUAAGGACAUCUGGACAGAAGUUCACUCUCUCAAGGAUGUGCCUGUCGCCAACAGAACAGCUCGUCAAACCUACAGCGAAGGCGGUGCUGGAGGCGGUGGUGCAAACUACGGAGGCAGCAGUGGUGGUGGUGGUGCGCAUUAUGGAGGUGGAAGUGGUGGCUGGAGCGGUGGUGGAGGUGGUGGUGGAGGCGGUUGCGCUGGCUGCUGCUUACCAGGACCCCCUGGAGCAGGAGGUACUCCCGGAAGACCCGGAAGACCCGGAAAGCCUGGAGCUCCCGGUAUGCCCGGGCAUCCUGGAAGAGGUGCUGCUGCGGCUUGCGAACCCGUGACUGCGCCACCCUGUCAGCCUUGCCCUGCUGGACCACCUGGACCUGCUGGAGCCCCUGGAGCACCCGGAGGACCAGGACAAGAUGGAGCGCCAGGAACAUCUGCAGGAGCUGCCCUUCCUGGACCCCCUGGACCACCUGGAGCACCUGGUGCACCUGGUAAUGAUGGAGCUCCUGGAGCGCCUGGAGCCCCUGGAGCACCUGGACAGAGCGAGGGUGGUGGACCCGGAGGACCUGGACCUAUGGGACCUCCUGGACCGGCCGGUCAACCUGGACGUGAUGGAGCACCAGGAUCUGGUGGAGUCGGUCCCCCAGGACCUAAAGGACCACCUGGACCAGCCGGUGCACCUGGUGGUGCUGGAAAUCCUGGAGCACCAGGAGCUCCCGGACAAUCCGGAGGUGCCGGAGAGAGGGGAAUCUGUCCCAAGUACUGCGCCAUUGACGGCGGAGUGUUCUUUGAGGACGGAACUAGGCGCUAA